GGACCCAGAGCAAGAAAUGGUACAGGUAUUGGAUGCAAGUACCUUAUCCUCACCACUUGUUGAUACUGAAAGAGCACUGGCCAUGUUAGUAGGAGUUUAUGCAAGCUGCCAGGCAAGAGGACAGCCAUCAACUGCUUGGGAAAUGGACCAUGAAAGAUGGAUCUCAGCUGAGUUUAUGAGAGCUGGAUGCCAGACUGUGCAACCCCCAGAUCCUUAUGAUGAAGAGAAAGGUGAGGCAAGGACUGGUUCCUCAGCCACUACACCAGGCUCUGUUACCACUCCUGGUGAUGUCAGACUUCCCCGUCCUGUUGAUCCUUUGUCCCACAAGAAAACAAGGACGCAAGGACAAACUUCCGGACCCCAGGUUGAAAUUGAAACCUAUUUUUCAAACAUGGCUGAUUAUUUCCUCUCAGCUCUCAUGGAGGGCAAGACACAGGAUCCUUAUGUGCAAAUGUACCUUUCCAUCUGUGACAGAGAAAUUCGUCACUCUGGUCGUCAUGCUCUUCACACUAAUUUUUCAUUAGACCACCCAAUAGAAGAAGUUGGACGCCUCAUGUCAGCCACUUUGUUGCGCCACACACAUCUCACUCUGCAGCUGAUUGAAGUGAUUGAACAGGGUCUGGCUUUAAGUGCAGAGGAUAGUCAUGGAUGGGAAUCCACUUUAGAUCUGCCACGAGGUUUGCAGGAACUCAUUCGUCAUGUCCACAAUACAAAGUGGCUACUGAUCAAGGCGGCAAGAACUUACGAGGUCGUAUAAGGAGGUGUGUGCACCUGUUAUGGAAAGAUGCAGAUUUGUAUUUUAUGAAGUCCGCCCAGCCAGCUGUGGUGAUGUAGAAGCAUUGGAUAAGUUUGCAGUGAGAGGAGUAUCCAG